CCGUACCGUAGCCUGGCUUAAACGGCCAUACAUAAUACUUAUUCCACUGCGACGACUUUCUGCCUUCUCCCAUGGUUAAUUCUGCCGACUCUGCGACGUGACGCGCCGACCAACCCGCGGGACGCGCGUGCGUCCACAGCCUCGGGAUCUCCAUCGUCGGCGACCCUGCAAUCACGACGAUGAAUGACAGCCUCAAACAUCAUCUCCUCGGCCCGUCCCUGCAGAAAUCCGGCCAAGAUGGCGUCGAUCAGGCCAAGGUCGCCGAAAUCAUCUACAAUGCCUCCAAGGGCUCCAAGUUCUUCAACAACGAGUCGCAAAAGGACAAGAACCUCACCGAAAAGAUUGCCCGCACCCUCGCCCGCAAGCGCCAGCUAGAGCGCCUCGACCUCGACCACGACCUGCGCCGCGCCGACGACUACAUCACCGAGCUCGAGCUCUCCCGAGAUCUUUCGCAGACGGUCGUGCACAUCGACUGCGAUGCCUUCUACGCCGCCGUCGAGGAGCUGGACCGGCCGGAGUUGAAAGACGUGCCCAUGGCCGUGGGCAAGGGCGUCUUGACAACGUGCAACUACCAUGCGCGCAAAUUUGGCUGUCGGAGCGGCAUGGCCGGCUUCGUGGCCAUGAAACUGUGUCCGGAGCUCAUCUGCCUGCCGCUCAACUUUGACAAGUACACGGCCAAGGCGCGCGAGGUGCGAGCCGUGCUCGAGCUGUACGACUCCCGCUUUGAGAGCGCCAGCAUUGACGAGGCCUACUUGAACAUUACCGACUACUGCAAGGCGCAUGAUAUGUCGCCCUGGGACGUGGUGCAGCAGCUGCGUGCCGAGGUGCACGAAAAAACAAAAAUCACCGUGUCCGCGGGCAUCGCGGCCAACGCCAAGCUGGCCAAGAUUUGCUCCAACAAGAACAAACCAAACGGACAGUUUAUGCUCGAGACUUCUCGCGCCGCCAUCAUUGCGUUCAUGAAGGAUCUCCCGACGCGCAAGGUAAACGGCAUCGGGCGGGUUUUUGAGCGCGAGCUGGAUGCCGUGGGCAUCAAGACGUGCGGCGACAUUUAUGCCCAACGCGCCUACCUCAGCAAACUUUUUGGCGAAAAGGCGUUCCAAUUCCUCAUGCAGUGCUAUCUAGGCCUAGGGCGCACCAAGAUCCAGCCGGCAGAGGAGUACGAACGGAAGAGCGUAGGUACCGAGAGUACGUUCCGCGAACUAACGGGCAAGGAAGGGCUCCGAAAGAAACUACGUCAGAUAGCCGAAGAGCUGGAAAAAGAUCUGGAACGCACGCAUUUCAAGGGCCGGACGCUGGUGCUCAAGGUCAAGCUGGCCACGUAUGAGGUGCUGACGCGCCAGACGACACCGCCCUUUGCCGUGUGGCGCGCCGACGACCUCGAAAAGUAUGCGAUACCCAUGCUGGCGAAGUUGGAGAGGGAAAUGCCGGGCCUGACGCUGCGUCUGAUGGGCCUGCGAGUGACCCACAUUGUCAGCCUCAAGAAAAGCUCUGCCGACGACUUCUUCGGCCUAAAUCGGCGCACGGCAUCGACCGACUCGGCCCUCGCUACCACAGACACAGACACCGACGACGCGCUUCCCCUCCCAUUCCCAACCACCGUCACCGCUGCCAACGGCGAGGACGACGACGGCGGUGGCGACCCCCACGCCCCCACCUGGCCAGAAGCAGAGUUCGAAGAAGCCGCGCGCCAAGAGCGCGAGGCCGACUUCCACGAGACGUUGCGCCUGAGCCAGCAACAGCAGCAACAGCAGCAACAACAAGAACAAGCCGAAGAAGCCGCCGCCGUCGCUGCUGCUGCUGCUUCUGCUGCCGACACAGCUGCCCAACUCGCCGCCGUGCCCGCUGCCUGGGACUGUCCGAUCUGCCAGCGUCCCCAGCCCGCCAACGACCGCGCCUUCAACUCGCACAUUGACUUUUGCCUCUCGCGCGACGAGAUCAAGGCGACGGUGAGGCAGGUGAAUGAGGCGCCUAGUGCUAGCGGUGUCGGUGGUGGCAGCGCUGGUGUUGACGAUGGUGGCGCGACCGGCCACGGCAUUCGAGCUUAUGCGGAUGGGCGCGGCGGGUGGUGCUGCGGGUGCUGCGGGUGGGAGUGGAAGUGGAGGUGGGAAGAAGAGAGGUCGACCGCCUGCGAGGGAGGGCCUGCUGAAGAGAGGGCGGUUGCGCUGAUGGCUGUCGGCUGAUGGCUGAUGGAGUGUUGGCGGGGUUGUUCACGAGUAGGUAGGUACAGUAUGUACGUGUGUGUUUGUACGUGUACAUGUUUUGUGAUACCACCAUGUGUAUACCACCAUUGUAUUAUAGGAGAGUGUAGGUAUAGGUAUAGGUAUAUCCUCAAGAGCUUACUCCCUAGGUACCUACUGCCUAGGUG